AUGUUGCCAUCAGUACUCAGUAGUGCGUCGGCUUCCUGUGUCCUAGCAGAAGACGACAAUGUUGUCAAACAAACGAACCCUGUUGACAACGUCGAUCGUAAUAAUUGCAUUGCAGUUGACAAUGAUGUUGUGUGGAGAUCGACAACAUUGCCUGCCAUCACGCUGUACGUCAGCCACUACAACGUGGAUGAGGACAGAGUCACCAGCACUGAUAUUACAGAUAACGUCAACGAUUACACAUCUCACAAUGGUAAUCAAGAACAGGUCAAUCCUCUGCCUGUGAACGAAGCAGAAGAGCAGGCGAAGGAAGGUUAUGAUCGAUACUGGCAGACUGUCUCUGUUAUCAGCUGUUUCAUAUCAAUUAUGUUUAACAAUGCACUCGUAUCAUCCUAUGGUGUGCUCUACAUCUACCUGAAGGAACCCCUGGCUGUGACCGAGUACCAGCUCUCCUGGAUCGGUUCCCUCAUGAGUGGCUUCUUUGGGAUAACUUCAUUGCUGGCGUCUGUGUUAAUGGAGAGAGUGGGCAGUCGAUACACACACCUGCUGGGAGGCCUUAUACUUGCCUUCUCAAUGAUAGUCAGCGGUCGGUCAAGUAGUAUUCACGUUCUCUAUCUAACACUCGGACUCUUGUCAGGUGUAGGUUCAUCUCUCACUUUCGUCGCCAGCACCGUCCACGUCAGCCGGCAAUUUUCAAGAUGGAGACCACUUGCCAUAGGUACAGCAAGUAUUGGGGGGGCAGUUGGAAGUCUGACAUGGCCUCCCCUCAUGUCCGGUCUAGUGGAGACAUUUGGAUGGCGAGGUGCAUUACUGAUCAACGGUGCACUGCUUUUACACAUGCUGCCAGGCGCACUGUUCAUCAAAGCCUCUCCUAAACCCACCAGUGUAAAGGGAGGAACAACUGCAGUCUGGUUCCCCAUGUUGAUUAUUGUGUUCGACCUGGACAGUCUGCACAGAAUCCUGGGAGGUAUUUUGCUGAUGCAAGGAAUCGGGGGAAUCUGUGGACCUCCAUUUCAAAGUUAUCUUGCAGAUGUGAUGGCACAGAAAGAUUUGAUCUUUUAUACCACUGGAGCCUUCUUCAUCUGUAGCAUCCUGACCAUUCUUCCUUUCCUGUUAAAGAAACAGCUUGUGUCACGACAAAGUCUUAGGAAGGCUGGUGAUAUCAAAGUGACAGGAAUAACAAACAAAGGUGCGGACCUCGGAUCCACAAAUAACUUUACCUGAUGUCCGCAGCUGUUCAUGUUUCCAUUAGACUAACAUAUAGUCUCUGAAAUGAACAUAUCGUACAGAAAAAAAACAGUUGUUCAGUUAUCUUAAUAAAAAUCUGAUAAAAAGGGAGCCCAGUGAUUCUCUUCAUUUUCAGAUACUGCAGUAAUCUAGACUUGCCAAACAUUAUAGACUUGCAUGGGCUGUAGUUGAUAUAAAUGUAUCAGGGUCUGUAAGACAGACUAAUGUUUCCAUCUCAUUACCAUUCAACGAACUAAAACACAUCAUGUGAUUUCUACCUCUUGUGAUUACAUCUUAGAUGAAUACAACUCCAUUUUAACUAUUUGCAGCAAGUUUACUCUUCAGAAUGAGUUAUGUUUACACAGGUUUUAACAGUGUUUUAAUUAUGCCCAAGUGAGUUUGUUAAAGUAGGGGUUAAUCUCGUUUGACGUUUUAAUGAAGUCAAAGAACAGGGGUAUGGCGCUGGCUUACCAAAUAUCAUUACCGGGGUAAACAUCGGAUUCGAACCCACGAGCAUACAAUCAUAGAACGCAUAUGUGACACAAUUCUCCAUAGCGUAGUGAAGUGUGGCGCCUUUGAUGACUGGACCACACGUACCUUUCACUUUGCUGAUGGUUUAUCUGGAAUAAAAAUGUUAUCUUUCUUCCCACACAAAGGGGUUUGUAUUUACAAUUUGCCAGAGCUCGGAAUCGGGCAGGUUUGGGUAUUUUGAAAUGUAUAUGAAGCUAUAUUAUAACGAGAUAAUAAUUCAUGGAAGCCCUCAUAUGAGACAUGAAUCUUGAGGCCAGAACUUACCUUAUAGUGUGCGCAGCUUGGGACGCGAAGCAUGGAGAAUGUUGGAAGCUGUAAAGGUAACCUGUAUCAGGGUUGAUUUGCCAAAUUAACCUUUUCCAAAUAGACGGUCAGAUAUCUUUUGUCAAAGAUGGCGGCAUGUUCCUUGCAUGUUCCUUGCAUGUUCGGCUAGGUGCCAGUGAUGUUCGAGAGGACUGAGAUGACAGGAGCAUGGUCAUUGGUCGUGUCCAUUUUCCUAGUCACAUGGUCCUCGUGUCGGCCAUUAUUAUCAUUUUUUCUAUUGUCUUGCCCGAAUAAAUGUAAUGUUAGACGGAUAGUUAUGGGUGGGAAAAUAGAGUAGGAAUUGAAUAGGUUUGUUUAGGGACAUUUCAUUAUUGGAGUUAAGUUAGAGGGGUGGGUAUAAUAUAUACUUAAAGAGAUGGUUUGAAUGCUAUUACGUAGGUAUGGUGUUUUUAAUAAUUUCAUGAAUGGUUGCCCCUUAUUUCUGUUUAAUAAUAAACUUUAAAUUAAACUUCA